AUGACUGAAAGUCGGCAUGGAUCUUAUGUCCCAAUUGAAUUCACCCCGGAGGUUGAGCUUCAAUGUAUGAAGCAAGUAGAGUUUUACUUUAGUGAGUUUAAUUAUCCUUUUGAUAAGUUUCUAAAGACUACGGCUGAAAAGAAUGAAGGUUGGGUUCCUAUCACUACAAUUGCAAGCUUCAAUAGGAUGAAGAAGUUUAGACCUGUGGACGAGGUUGUAAAAACUUUGCGUAAAUCUACUGUGUUGGAAGUAAGCGCAGAUGGUGAGAAUGUUAAGAGAAGGGUUAUGUUGAAUUUGGAAGACAGGAAAAGUAGAAACGAGCGCACUUUGGCCGUUAUGAACUUCCCAAGGUUAGACGAUGAGAAGGAGAAGGUUUCUAACGAGGAUAAGUUGCAGUUACAAGAGCAAAUGGAGCAGUUCCUAUUCGGACUAAAGGGAAGUUCCGCAACGAUCCAACAAGUUCGUUUGAAGAGAGACCACAAGAAGAGAUUCAAUGGUACGGUGAUAAUCGAGUUUGCAAGCGAUGAUGAGUGCAAGCAGUUUUUCGAGGUUUACGGUAAGGAGGACGGUUUGUCGUAUGAGGGUCGGAAGUUGGAUGUUUUGACAAAGCAGCAGUACGACGUCCAGAGAGAGGCUACCCGUAGCAAAAACUUUGGUGGUAAUGGACAAAGAUCCCGGUCAUUUGCUGGCCAUAGGAAGAACAUGCCAAAAGCCAAGGAGUCCAAGAGCGAUGAUGCGGAGGACAAACCCGUGAAGGAGCAAGAAAAUGAGGAGCCCACGGACAAACCUACUGAGGAGCCCGAAAAACCUGCAGAAACCUGA